CGCUUUCAAAUGUCAACUUUGGCACCUGCACACGCUUGAGAUUCCGCCUUGAUGCAGCACCCACAGGCGACUAACCACAGUACAGCAUAAUGUCGUCAAUUGCCAGAGGCCGGCCAUCCCGGCGUGCUGCCCCGCGCAGAAGUUACGUCCCAGAAGAAACGCCAUCAGACGAGGAAGAUCCUGGAAAUGUCACCCCCACGGCGCCGUCCCGCCACGGGGAGGAUGACGACGAAGAGGAGGGCGAACGGACCCCGGUCCCCAAGAAACCCAGCGCAGUCAAGAGAUCAUCACGCAGACAAGUCACUGCCGAACCGCCUGCAUCCACAUCGAGUGUCGCCCGCACGACACGCAAACCCCGCAAGUCGAGGACGGUGGAUCCGUCGGAGUCGUCGCAACUGAUUGACGAAGGCGAAAGAUUUGCCAGCGUUCAGGAGCCCGAAAUUUCAUCUACGACGGGCGCUUCUCGCGCAACGCGCAGAUCACGCAAGUCGAGGACGGUCGACCCAUCGGAGUCAUCGCAGUUGAUGGAUGAGGGUGAAAGUUUUGCAAGCGUCAGAGAGCCAGAGGAGCCCACGACAUCGAGCGCGCCUCGCACGACGCGCAGGACCCGAAAAUCGAGGACAGUGGAGCCGUUGGAGUCGUCGCAGUUGAUUGAUGAGGGUGAAAGUCUGGCUAGCAUCAGAGAAACAGAAGAACCAACUGCAUCGAGCGCUCCUCGUACAACGCGCAGGGUCCGCAGGUCGAGGGCUGUAGACCCAUCGGAGUCUUCGCAGUUGCUUGACGAAGGUGAAAGUUUUGCAAGCGUCAGAGAACCGGAGGACCCGUCAACAGCUGCCCCUCGGCGCAGAACACGCAAAUCAAGGGCAGUAGAGCCGUUGGAGACAUCGCAGUUGACGGAGCCUAACGAAGAGGGUGAGAGUGUUGCGACCGUGAAAGCACCGGGCUCUCCGUCUGAGGAAACUCCCGUUGCAGUGAAAACAAAGGCGCCCUCCACAUCCCCGCAGCCGCAGGCCCGAAUUCAAAGAGAAAGCGUUCCUCCACUCGCCGAUAUUACAGAUGCAGCUGUGAACAAGUCCCCGUCGAAGUCGCCAUCGAAGUCCGUUGAAGACGAAAAGCCGCAGAUACCCGUGAUCAACCCGAAUACAACAUUGCUCGAGAAGCCCAUGGACAUCAUGCUGAAAUCCCGGUCAACCGCUCCGUCGGCCUCCCAGGAGCCGUCAGGCCCAACCAGUCGCUUGAUGAUCACUACCCUGGUCAUGAUGAACUUCAAGAGUUACGCAGGAAAGCAGAUCGUGGGCCCCUUCCAUGCAUCCUUUUCCUCCGUUGUCGGGCCCAAUGGAUCCGGCAAGUCGAACGUCAUUGAUGCAUUGUUGUUUGUUUUCGGAUUCCGAGCGAGUAAAAUGCGUCAGGGCAAGAUCUCGGCUUUGAUCCAUAAUUCGGCCAAUCACCCAAACCUGCCCUCCUGUGAAGUUGAGGUUCACUUCCAGGAGGUCCUUGACCUGCCCAACGGCACCCAUGAAGUAGUUCCAGAUUCCCAACUUAUUAUCUCCCGAAAGGCUUUCAGAAACAACAGCAGCAAGUACUAUAUGAACGCCAAGGAAACCAGCUUUACCGCCGUGACGACGCUGCUCCGUGACCGCGGUAUCGAUCUAGACCACAAACGAUUUUUGAUCCUUCAGGGUGAAGUCGAGUCUAUUGCUCAAAUGAAGGCUAAGGCUGCCAACGAACACGAGGAUGGACUCUUGGAGUAUCUCGAGGACAUCAUUGGAACCUCGAAAUACAAGACGCCUAUCGACGAGGCGGCUACGGAACUCGAGACACUGAACGAUGUCUGUGUCGAAAAGAACAACCGUGUCCAGCACGUUGAGAAAGAAAAGGUUGCCCUCGUGGAUAAGAAGGACAAAGCUCUGGCUUAUAUUCGGGACGAGAACGAGCUCUCUGAGAAACAGUCCGCUCUCUAUCAGAUCUACAUUGAUGAGUGCGCGGACAACAUUCGAGUCACCGAAGAAGCCAUCCUCCAAAUGCAGGAGCUGCUGAACAUGGAGCUCGAAAAGCACGAGGGUAACGAGUCCGGGAUCAAAGAGCUUGAGAAGGCCUACAAACGCGGAAUGCGCGAAUACGAAAACAUGGAAAAAGAGGUGCAAGCGAUUGCCAAAGAAAUGGCCAAGUAUGACAAGGAGAACGUCAAGUUCGAGGAGAAAAAGAAGUUCUUGCUUGGCAAGCAGAAGAAGCUAGAAAAGACCAUGCAAAGCACACGCCUGGCUGCUUCUGAAUGCGAGAGCCUGGUGCAGAAACAUUCCGAUGAUAUCGAGAAGAAGACCAAUGAGACCUCUGAGCUUGAGAAAGAGAUGAAGGCUGAAGAGCAGGAACUGGCCGAGAUUCGUGAGAGCCUCAAGGGCAAAACCCAGGGGCUUUCAGAUCAGAUCACUGCAAAGCAAAAGUCGUUGGAGCCUUGGGAUGAGAAGAUCAACAAAAAGCUCUCGGCCGUCGCUGUGGCGCAGAGUGAGCUUGACAUCCUUCGCGAGCGAAGCAAUGCUGGUACUGUUCUGCUCGAGGAGGCGCAGUCGAAGAUCUCUUCGAUCGAGGAAACGCUGGCGACCAAGGAGAACGAUCUCGAGGAACGUAAAGCUCAGAAGGCUACCCUUGAAGAAGAGGUUGCGAAGCUGAAACACGACCUCAAGAAAUAUGCUCAGAGAGAGCCAGAGGUACGCGCCCAUGUCUCCAGUGCUCGACAGAGGGCCGAGGAGGCAAGAGCCAGUCUUGCAAGCACUCAGAAUCGUGGUAGCGUUCUGUCUGGUUUGAUGCGCCUCAAAGAGUCCGGCCGUAUUGAGGGCUUCCACGGUCGGCUUGGAAACCUCGGUAUGAUUGAUGAGAAGUUUGACGUUGCUAUCUCGACCGCGUGUCCUGCCCUGGACAACAUGGUGGUUGACACGGUUGAAGUUGGCCAGCAAUGCAUCGACUACCUGCGGAAGAACAAUCUUGGUCGAGCCAACUUCAUCCUACUCGAUCGCCUCCCGCGCCGGGAUAUGUCCAAGGUCUCUACUCCAGAAAAGGUUCACCGACUCUUUGACCUGGUGAAGCCCAAGGACCCCAAAUUCGCCCCAGCUUUCUACAGUGUGAUGCAGAAUACGCUGGUGGCGGAGGACUUGGAACAGGCCAACCGCAUUGCAUACGGUGCGAAGCGGUGGCGAGUUGUAACCCUGAAUGGCCAGCUCAUCGACACAUCCGGAACGAUGAGUGGUGGUGGUACCCGAGUCGCCCGGGGCGCCAUGUCGUCCAAACAAGUCGCUGACACGAGCCGUGAGCAGGUGGCCAAGCUUGAGGGUGAUCUGGAAGAGACGGAGAGGAAGUUCCAACACUUCCAGGAGAAGCAACGACAGAUGGAAGCUGCGAUCCGGGAGCGAAUGGAUGAGAUCCCGCGGGUGGAGACCAAGAUCCAGAAGAUCCUGAUCGAAAUCGAAAGUGCCCAUCGCAGUCUUGCGGAUGCUCAGCGUCGCGUCCAGGAGCUGAGCGCCGAGCAUAAGCCGUCCAAGACGGAUGCCAGCCGAGCUGCAAGCCUUGAGAAGCAGAUUGCCGCUUUAGAGGAAGAGAUCGAAGAUCUCCGCGAACAGAAAGGUGGUAUCGAGGAGGAAAUUCAAACUCUUCAGAACAAGAUCAUGGAGGUUGGUGGUGUACGGCUCCGUGGACAGAAGGCCAAGGUCGAUGGCCUCAAGGAGCAGAUCAACCUAUUAUCUGAGGAGAUCUCGAACGCUGAAGUCGGCAAGUCGAAGAAUGAGAAGCUCAUCACGAAGCAUUCGAAAGCCCACGCCGAGGCGGAGAGGGAGCUGGGACAUGUUGCCGAGGAGCUUGAGAAGCUGAACGAGGAUGUGGCCAACCAGGCUAGUGAUGCAUCUGGAUGGAGGCAAAAGGUGGAGGAAGGUCAGGAUGCACUGGAAAACAAGAAGGAAGGCCUCCAGGCCAUGAAGACUGAGCUUGAUGAGAAGGUCGCUGAACUGAACGAGUCUCGAGCCACGGAGAUUGAGAUGCGCAACAAGCUUGAAGAGAACCAGAAGGCUCUCGCGGAGAAUGAAAAGCGCGGGCGUUACUGGCAGGACAAACUGUCCAAGCUGACGCUGCAGAACAUCAGCGAUCUGGGCGAGGAGCAACAGGCCACUGAACUUCAGGUUUUCACCAAGGAUGAGUUGUCCGAGAUGAAUAAGGAGUCGUUGAAAGCCACCAUUGCUGUUCUCGAGGAGAAGACUCAGAAUGCAUCCGUUGACCUGACCGUCAUUGAAGAAUACCGCCGCAGAGCGGCUGAACACGAGGCUCGCGCGGCCGACUUAGCCACUGCUGUUGCAUCGCGAGAUAGUGCUAAGGCUCGUCUCGACGGUCUCCGGUCGGCCCGUCUGAAUGGUUUCAUGGAAGGCUUUGGUAUAAUCUCCCUUCGCUUGAAGGAGAUGUACCAGAUGAUCACCAUGGGAGGUAACGCUGAGUUGGAGUUGGUCGACUCGCUCGAUCCCUUCUCCGAAGGUAUUCUGUUCUCCGUGAUGCCACCGAAGAAGAGUUGGAAAAACAUUGCCAACCUGUCUGGUGGAGAGAAGACACUGUCCAGUCUGGCGCUGGUGUUUGCUCUGCAUCACUACAAGCCCACGCCUCUCUAUGUCAUGGACGAGAUUGACGCGGCUCUGGAUUUCCGAAACGUUUCUAUCGUGGCCUCUUACAUCAAGGAGAGAACCAAGAACGCCCAGUUCAUCGUCAUCUCGCUGAGAAACAACAUGUUUGAACUCGCCUCGCGACUCGUCGGCAUCUACAAGGUCAACCACAUGACCAAGAGCGUGACGAUCGAGAACAAGGACUACAUCAACAGGCGGUGAUUGUGUGGGGCAGAUGCGUGCUCAUAGUUUUUGUAUGUAUUCGGGACGGGUUGGAUAGGUUCGGCAACGGUGUGCGGGUUUGGGAAUCUCUUGCUCUUUUUCCUGCUCUUACUCCACGACUGGAAAGGAUGAUGACAAUGAUGACUUUUUUUUUCUUGUGACUGGGCACUGGAUUCGUGCAAUUCUUACUAUGAUAUGCGGGAAUUCCUGCUUUGAUGUUCUGGCACCUUCCUCGUUUCUGGUUGCUUUUUCGAUGUUGAUGACUUUUGAUGUGGAUUUUUCUUCAGAACAGGGUAUAUAUUUUGAUUACAG